AAUGGGAAGCCACUCUUGUGGAAUUAAAAAAAAGAUAGAAAACAACGACCUCCAACAGCUGGUGUCUGAAUAGUGAAGUGAUUUCAAGAUGCAGUUCUCUGUUUUAGGCAAAGAUAUUAACAUUAGCAUACCAGGAAACAAGGCACCAGUAGAAAAUGGAAGAGGUACUGUCUGGGAGAAUGCCAUGCUCAGUUCCCAGCCUACCUACAACUCGACAGUGAAGGCGUUCACUUCCUGGUACCAAUACCUUAGAGCACAGAGUACUAGGAAGUUGCUCGGGGACGCCGCAUCGACAACCCCCAAGAGGUCUAUUGUCCUGAACGGUAGCAAUGAUGACAUCGAAGUGAAGGAGUCCCCGCCAUCUCCGUCCAUUAAGGUCCAUGACUCCCAUCUGGUCCCGUUGGCAGAAGAGAUGAGUAACGUGAUGCCAGACAGUGAAUGUCCUAUCACUAAGUCUGAGAGCAGAGUUGACCUAAAGGAAGAGGAGACCAGCGUGCCACAGGAAGACGAGGCUUAGAGUUACUUACAUGAAUGUCAGAAGUAAGCAGAGCAGUAAGUUUUGGUAAUUAGACAUUACUCCCAACACCUGGAUAGUUCAACCAAGGAGACCUAGAACAAGAAGAAUAGUUAGCAUGUAUACAAAGGCGCAUGCUCAAGAACUUAAAACAAAGCUCAUCUUUUCACAAUUAAAAAAAAAUGUCUUCUG